AUGUGCGGAAGUUCAAAUUGGCCUUGUAGCCUCAGUGAUCAUUCAGACUGCAUAUCCGAGUCUAUUUUGAUUUCUACAGCGGGGAAAAAGUCAAAAUUGAGCAGCAGCCAGUUUCAGCUUGAUCACUUUUUCUCGUCUACCAAAUCCUCGGCGACCUCAGAAGCUAAUCUCUCCGCCUCUCCACAGUUUGUUCAAGGCAGUUCCAACAAGGAUAUCCCAUCAAGAAAGGCUGUCUUUGCGAAUGAGACCAUUAUUGAUGUUGAUGCAUUUGACUUGGAUGAUCCUGCAACCUCAAGUCUUCAGCCAGUGAUAUCGACAGGUCCGAAAAGUAAUGCUUCGAAGAGGCAAAGCCAAUCCCUAUUCGAAUCUAGGAUUGAGAUCCGAGAAUGGAAAACAAACUCUAUUGGCGAUGUCAAAAAAGAUACCUCGACUCCCAAUGUCAAAUGUAGAAAUGGUCAACGGCAUAUCGAUCCUAACGAAUUUCUGCCCAUUGACGUUGAACCUAUCGACUACAGCGCCGACCAACAGCCUUCAGAUUCACUCGACGCGCCCUACUCUCUGCUAGUCCAUGCAUUUAUCUCUCUCUCGGAAACACGGUCACGAAUUGCCAUCAUUAAUAUUUUGACCAAUGUUUUGAGGACUUUGAUCGUCAAGCAUCCAACAUCUCUUCUCCCAGGAGUGUAUCUCCUGUCCAACUCCCUUGGACCUCCCUUUGUUGCAUUAGAACUUGGGCUUGGCUCCUCUGUCAUUUCAAAGUCACUAAAGCAGAUCUCUGGAUUAAGUGGGACGGCUUUAAAGAAAUUAUACAAUACAAGCGGCGAUCCAGGCGACGUGGCCUACGCGGCCAAGUCCAAAAUUCGAACUCUCGUUCCUCAUCCACCUUUGUCUGUCCCGUACGUUCACCAAUCGAUGCUGAAAAUAUGUCUCUGUAAAGGCCCUGGUGCUGCCAAAGACAAACAAAAGAUUGUAGAGAAACUUCUUCUCUCCGCUAUCGGUGAAGAGGUUAGGUACCUCACUCGGACGCUCUGCCAGAACCUCCGUGUUGGGGCAGUCAGGACAUCCAUUCUUACUGCUUUAGCCCGAGCUUUUGCGCUGACUCCGAGUCCUGCUUCCAUCAAGGGCCCUAUUUCUGACACGGAUGCAAUCGACUCUUUGCAUGUACCUCCUACGUUGAUUGCGGAACUUCGGUCUUCAGCAGUAUCCAAGGGUAAAAAAUGGCUUUCAUCUCAAGAAAGAUUAUCCAUGAUGUUUAAACGCGCUGAAAAUUUGAUCAAGCAGGUGUAUGUCAAACACCCAAGCUAUGAUCGAAUCAUUCCGGCACUGCUGCAAAAUGGACUGGAUACUCUGCCGGAGGCUGUUCCUAUGUCCGUUGCAGGCGUUCCCCUCCUACCUAUGCUUGGAUCGCCCACGCGUUCUUUGGAUGAAAUAUACGAAAAACUUGGAAACCUUCCUUUCUCUGCAGAAUUUAAAUAUGAUGGACAGAGAGCGCAAAUACAUGCCUCUACUAAGCAUACAAACGAUUAUGAAAUCAAAAUAUUCUCGCGUCAUAUGGAAGACAUGACAUCAAAGUAUCCAGAUAUUUUGCAAUUGAUUCGGGAUAUGUUUAAGCAACACGCUAAUUUAUCCUCCUUCAUAAUGGACGCCGAAGUUGUAGCCAUCGAUCCGAACUCAGGAGAGCUGAAGUCAUUCCAAGAGUUAGCAGGGAGGGCACGCAAAGACGUCCAACUUAAGGAUGUUCGAAUUGCUGUCUGUCAUAGUUUCCGGGAGCGUAGAAAAAUUCUUCAAGACAAUUUUUCUACCCGUAGGAAAUUGGGACCAAGCCCAAUGGUAGCGCAAUUUGACUUUGUCAAGAACUGCGAAAGUGAAGAAGGGAGAGAGUCUAUCGAGGAGUUUAUGCUGAGUGCAAUAGAGAACCGGUGUGAGGGGCUCAUGAUCAAGAUUCUCGAGAAACCAACUGUUACCGAACCGGCGAAAGAGAAGCAAAGCAAACACAUGACCUUGCUUUCAACUUACGAACCCGACGUUAGGACAUUAGGCUGGUUGAAGUUAAAGAAGGAUUAUAUUAAGGGUAUUGGCGAUUCUUUGGACCUUAUUCCCGUCGGUGCCUGGCACGGUAAUGGGCGAAAGGCUCGAUGGUGGAGUCCCGUACUUCUGGCACUUUGGAACCCAGAAACAGGACGACCAGUCGCGAUGUGCAAAUGCAUGUCAGGUUUCACAGACGCAUUCUAUACAACAAUGAUGCAAAACUAUGCCCCGAAAUCUGUAUCGUGUUCCACACAGCCUCAAUGGGAAUGCGACUUUGGAGCAUUCAAACCCGAUGUUUAUUUCAAACCUCAUGAAGUCUGGGAAAUUCGUGGCGCAGACAUAACUGAAAGUCCAGUAUCAAUUGCGGCGCAGGGGAUGGUCUCAUCCGCUCGUGGACUGAGCUUGCGCUUCCCACGUUUUAUCCGGGCUAGAGAUGACAAGAAAAUAGAAACUGCGAGUAGCCCAACGUUCCUGGCAAAUAUUUGGAGAAGCCAACGAGGGAAAACUGACACGGGGAAUGAUAACUUUGAAUUGGUUGACAUGCAUGCCGAAUCAUCCGAAACAGAGGAUGCAUUAGAAGACGAGGAGAGAAGUUCUGGGCCCUAA